AUGUGUGGUAUCUUCUUUUCGCUAAGCAAUGAGAAGCACUGCUACCCGGACCAAUUGACAGAGAAACUUAUCCGGAACAGAGGUCCGGACAGCUACCAGACGGAAUGUGUUUGUGUCAGCCAGAAGACGACCUACCUAACCUUCGCGUCUUCUGUGCUUGGUCUUCGAGGAGACUCUCCUCAGAAACAGCCACUAGUAGACGAUAAUCAAUUGGUUCUCUGCUGGAAUGGCGAGGUGUGGAAGUUCGCGGAUCGCGCAUUAGAAGGGAAUGACACUUCCGCCGUUUUUCGGACAUUCAUGGACGCGGUGAAACCGUGUAAUGCCGGGGGAACUGGUGAUACCUUAGAGAAGCUCUGUGCUGCAAUUAACAACAUCUCAGGCCCGUUUUCGUUUGUCUUUUAUGACAGUUGCUCGUGCCGGGUAUUCUAUGGAAGGGACUAUCUUGGUCGACGGUCCCUACUUCAUGGAUGGAGCAGUGACGGCUGUUUUCGAAUAUCUAGUAUCCGAGAUGAAACUCUACCGGACUACUUUGAAGAAGUAGAUACUACUGGAAUCCAUGUCAUUGACCUUGCUAGCCAGCCCGAACAGGAGGCCGCAGAUGCCAUAGCUGAAUCACCCAGGUGCCCGGUCAAGAUUUCUGUUAUCCCAUGGUCCCCUGAUCCGACCUCGAGCCUUAAACGGCCUAUCCCUGCCAUGAAUAUAUCCCUUCCCGAGAAAGAAUCCAUAUCCCCAUUAGCCGUUGAUUCCCCUUGUAUAGGAACACUACGAGAGAAACUACUGGAGUCACUCAGGCUACGAUUAGUGACAAUACCGGGCAUCUUAACCUCAACCGAUGCGAAAGUUGCUGUCCUCUUCUCUGGUGGUCUAGACUGCACACUACUUGCAAGAUUAGCGCAUGAUAUAUUACCCAAGUGUGCGCCUAUAGACUUGCUCAAUGUGGCCUUUGAGAAUCCUCGAGUAGUGGCAGCAGCCGCCAAAAAUACGGUGUCCGGGAUUUCAUCUACAUCUGUGUACGAUGAUUGUCCCGAUCGUAGGACAGGCAUAUCCUCGUUUCAGGAGCUGAAACGGGUAUGUCCUGGUCGGGUAUGGCGGUUUGUCCGCAUCAAUGUUCCAUACUCUGAGACCACUGAACAUCGACCGCAGGUCAAACAUCUAAUGGCGCCACAUAAUACAGAGAUGGACCUCUCCAUUGCCUGCGCUCUCUACUUCGCUUCAAGAGGCAGAGGAAUAUGCGAUUCUGGGGACAGUGACGGCGAAUCGGAUGCCAGCUAUACCACGCCUGCCCGUGUUCUUCUAUCGGGCUUAGGUGCGGAUGAGGUGUUUGCUGGAUACAGCCGUCAUGCCAUCGCUUUCUCACGACAUGGGUUCCGUGGCCUAAUAGACGAAGUUCAGCUUGAUGUUGGCAGGUUAGGUAAACGGAACCUAGGUCGUGAUGAUCGCGUUAUUUCCCAUUGGGGCAAAGAAGCACGAUAUCCAUAUUUGGACGAAGAUUUUUUAACGUGGGCACUUUCAAGACCCAUAUGGGAGAAAUGCGGAUUUGGAUGUGAGAAAACAGAAACAGAGCUAGUGCCAAAUGUGGAAGAUGGCAAGAAAGCACUGCGCCUAGUUGCGUGGACUCUAGGCAUGCAAAAUGUAGCCAUGGAAAAAAAGAGAGCAAUACAGUUUGGGUCCCGCACAGCGAAGAUGGAGAGCGGAAGAAGCAGAGGAACGCAGGUCCUUGACUGA